CACAUGCCCUGCCACCCCUCAACCGCUCUCUCUCUCGAAGCGCACGAAACCCACGCCAUCCCCGUGAAGUCAUUCCGUUUCUUUUCGGGGCUCCGAAUCGCCGGAAAACCCGAAACCCGGUCAAUUUCCCCUGAAGGCUGAGGUACCGUGGAGCUCCCAUGGCGGAGGAGGUCAGCUCUGGAGCUCGGGAGCACGACAAGGCCGAUCGAGAGGGGUCUCCAAAGACGUCUUCUUCUCCUCCUCUUGGAGCUGAGGGAGGUGAUUCCAAAACCCUCGCCCCUCCAGAUGCCUCUUCCGGACCCGGCGGAGAUGGAGGAGGCGCCGGCGAUCCCCGCUCUUUCUCGCAGCUCCUCGCAGGGGCCAUGGCAUCGGCGGCGGCGGUGAGCUCCAGCGCGGCCCUGAUCCUCCCCGUGCCCGUGCUCGCCGUCCCCUGCUACAUCGCCCCCGCCGCGGGGCUCUCGGGGCACUUUGCAGUGACGCAUCAAGCAGUCUUGGCAUCUGUCACAGCUCAGGCUCUGUUGCAAUUGCAAAAAUCAUAUCCUUCCUCAUCGGAUUUUUUGAGAAAUUCUGUACCACAACCUCAACUAUCCAAUGUUACUCUGGUGCCAUUGCAACAAGACCCACUGCCAGUAGCAGGGAACAAUGCCUGUGCACCAGAGACAGAGCAGCCACCUUCAUCUCACCAGAAUCAACAGUCUAAUUCUAUUGUUGUAAAGACGAGCUUUGAUGAUGAAAAGGAAAGCUCUGGUGAUGAUUACAACUGGCGGAAAUAUGGUCAGAAACAGGUGAAGAACAGUGAGAAUAUCAGAAGCUAUUACAAAUGCGCACAUGGUGACUGUUAUGUUAAGAAGAAGGUUGAAUGUUGUCAAGAUGGUCGUGUCACUGAAAUAGUUUACAGAGGCUGUCACAAUCAUGAACCACCUCUCAAAGUUAGAAGCUCUAGAGUGAGAAAGGCAAAACGUGGUGCCUCUUGUGUGGUAAAUAAAAACUUAGAUCUUCCAGGAGCUGAACUUAAGGAAGCAGUUCCUUCUCCAUCUAAACUACAACAGACUUCUGGUAAUGAAACCCUCAAAGAAGAGUUACCCUGCUCCAAUGACCAUGAAGAAGAUUCUGGAAUGAAGGCUCAAGAGGAUCUUGGUGAAAAACCAGAUCCAAAGAGAAGAGUCAGUGAAAGCACCGUGCUUUUUUCAGCUCCAAUACUUAAAACCAUCAGAGAGCCUAAAAUUGUAUUGCAGACAGCAUGUGGUGUGGGCCUAACAAGUGAUGGUUAUGGGUGGCGGAAGUAUGGACAGAAAUUCGUGAAAGGAAAUCCAAAUCCCAGAAGCUACUAUAGGUGCACUCAUAUUGGAUGUCCUGUACGUAAACAUGUAGAGAGGUCUUCAGAGGAUGCAAAAUAUAUGGUCAUUACGUAUGAAGGCAAGCACAACCAUGACUUGCCAUCCCUAAAAGAUGGCAGUGAUCCACCUGCAACCCCUCUUCUUACUGCCGUUGCAACUGCUAUGAGUAAGUGUGAGCAAACACAGAAAAAUUAUCCACUGUCAUAUGAAAAGCCCACAACCAAAUUGUUGCCAGACGUGGAUGGUAAGAUAGUAAAUGAGCGGGCGCAAGAGCUUGGAGGUGAGAAAGCAAUAGAAUCUGCCCAGACUCUUCUAAGUAUGGGAUUAAGUUCAACUUCAGAAAAUGUUGGCCGUAAAAAUUCUGAAGGUAUUCAGCAGCCUCAGUUAAAUCGGAACUGUACACUUCCAGUCCAAAACUCAUGAAUUGGCAGGUUCGUUGAGUUUAUAUCGUUCUGUUGUAUUUUCUUCUAAUUUCACUCCUAUUGAAUGCCUAUGUCAUGUAAAUAUACUUGCUUCUGUACAGCUGUUGAGCUUCUUAUAAUUUUCCCAAUAUCAGAUUACAAAAACAUUUCUUGAUA